UUAUUAUUAUGUCACCAAUGAUACCAGGGACAACGUUUAGCAAAGGCAAUUUCAACAGAAUUGGGUGUGAAUUACAAAACAGAAAUUUUAAUGAGAACCUAGAACAAGAUUAGAUCCUACGAUCGUAAACAAAUGUACCAAUGCAUAAGGCGUCUUACGAUGGAAGAUUUGAUCAGGGGUGUCCUUUACGUCACGAAAACGUCAACCUUUUUAUCAACAAGGAUAAAGCGAUGCCUCUAUAAACGAGUUGGAUAGAAUCGGCGAGUACCAUGAACAAUCUCAACUGGAACAGAUGGCAAUACUACACUUCAUUCUGCCAACUCUACUAGAUCUUCAGUCGUUGACUGAAGAUUGGUUGAAGAUUGGUACCAAUCUUCAGUUAACGCUGCUAGUAACUUCUAGCAUUGGUUCUAGCAUUCCGUACACAGAGUCGCGUUCUUGAAUUGAUGUAAUCCUGAAUUAAAACAUAACCUUAACAAAUAAACCGAACGUUAUCCCACGUGAGGUAACGAAGCACGUUGACUUGGAAGAGUCAUAUGCUAAUCCAUCAAAAUGGGUAAAAAAUCGAAAAUUGGAAAGCAGCGGAAGGAUAAAUAUUAUCAAUUGGCUAAAGAGACAGGUUUUAGAUCUCGUGCUGCGUUUAAAUUGAUUCAACUGAACCGCAAAUUUGAGUUCUUGCAAAAAUCAAGAGUAUGCAUCGAUCUUUGCGCUGCACCAGGAGGAUGGAUGCAAGUAGCAAGGCAAAAUAUGCCAGUAUCAUCAAUUGUUAUUGGCAUAGAUUUGUUUCCUAUAAAAGCAAUACCUGGCUGUAUCAGUAUCACUGAGGACAUUACCACAGAUAAAUGUCGAGUGGCUAUAUCACGAGAGUUGAAAACAUGGAAAGCUGAUGUAGUGCUGAAUGACGGAGCCCCAAAUGUUGGUAAAAAUUGGCUCCAUGAUGCCUAUCAACAGGCGUGCCUCACUCUUUCAGCUCUCAAACUUGCCACACAAUUUCUCAGGCCUGGGGGAUGGUUCAUUACCAAAGUAUUCCGGUCUAAAGAUUACCAUCCUUUGGUGUGGGUUCUGAAGCAGCUGUUUAAGAAGGUACAUGCCACCAAACCACAAGCCUCUCGUAAUGAAUCAGCUGAAAUAUUUGUCGUCUGUCAAUAUUACGUUGCUCCAGACAAACUUGAUCCCAAGUUUCUGGAUGCUAAAUACGUGUUUUCAGAAUUAGAUGUUGAAUCUAAAAAUAAGCUGAACGUUUUCCAUCCUGACAAACAAAAAAAAGCGAAGGCUGAGGGAUAUCCAGAGAAUGAUUAUACAUUACACCACAAAUUAUCCGUAAUGGACUUCAUUACACACGAAAGUGGAAUUGAAGCUUUGCAAAAUGCAUCAGAAAUUGUUAUUGAUGAUGAGAAAAUAGCCUCGCAUGCUAAGACGACAAAAGAAAUUGUUGAGUGCUGUAAGGAUAUCAAAGUAUUAGGUAGGAAAGAGCUGAGGGCAUUGCUUGCCUGGUGGAAACUUUUAAAAGAAGAAUUUUGUAAGUCUGAAGAAGAAGUGCCAACCGACGAGAAAGAUGAGAGCACAUUAGAAGUAGCACCUAUUACUUUGGAGGAUGAAGAGGACAAAGAAAAUGCGGCAAUCGAGGAAGAAAUUGCGGAACUCAAGGCAGAGGAAAUGAAAGAAGCGAAAAGAAAGAGAAAAAAAGCUAAUAAAGAGAGACAGAAAUUAAAUGAACGACUCAACUUGAAAAUGGUCCACAGAGGAGAUGAGGGGCCCAAGCUCGAAGGAGAUGAUAUGUUUGAUCUAAAAGAAAUAAAAACACACCAACAUUUAAAUACUGUUGUAGACCAAAACCCUGACAUUGUCGCAGAAAGUGAACCAGAAUCUGAUGACGAAAAUUUCUUACCAAAGAAAGUCAAAUAUGAUAAGGAUGCAGGGCAUUUGGAUAGCUCCGGAUUGUAUUAUAAGUCAGAAGAUAGUGAGCCGGAAGAUUCAGAUGCAGAAACUUCAGAUAGCGAUAAGUCUGGGCUAGGAUUCAGUGAUUCUGAAGAGGAAGGUUUGCCAGUUAAACCUACAAAAAAAACUGUGGCUGGAGAUUCAGAAAAUAAUCCACUAAUCACAGAUUUAGAUCAAAGAGAUAAAAAGUCAAAGAGAACUCAGAAGGCUGAGUUGUGGUUUGAAAAAGACGUUUUUAAAAAUCUGGAAAAUGAAGAUGACGAAGACUUUGAGUUGGAUAAAAUGGCGGAAGAAUUAAAGAAGAAAGGAGGCACCAUAAUUGGUGAAGCUAAGCCAACUGCAAAGAAAGGGAAGAAUAAGAAUAACAAGAAUGAGGAGAGUGACGAAAACGGAAGCAGUGACGAUGAAAAUUCGGAUUAUGAUACAGAAGAAAUGAUGGCCAAUGAUAAGAAGGCCAAAAAAGUAUCCGGAAAAAAUGGUUUCGAAAUCGUCAAAAAAGAUGCCCUUGUCAAAAAGAAGAGUAAAAGAAAAUUAACAGAAGAGGACUUAGCGCUGGGCUCAUUGCUGGUACAGAGCAAGAAGGCACGAAGGGAUCUAGUAGAUGCUGCGUGGAACCGUUACGCGUUCAACGAUGAAAAGCUCCCAGAAUGGUUCGUUGAAGACGAGCAAAAGCACAUGAAAAAGGAGGCACCUGUUCCUCAAGAAGUGGUAGAAGAGUAUAAGAAAAAAGUGGAAGACCUUAAUGUUAGACCGAUAAAAAAAGUAUUGGAAGCUAAAGCGAGGAAGAAGAAACGGGCUGUACGAAGGCUUGAAAAAGCAAAAAAAAAGGUUGAAUCACUUAUGGAUAACAUAGAUCUCAGCGAUCGAGAGAAGGCGAAGCAAGUGAAAGCAUUGUACAGGAAAGCACACAAGGAGCCGAGGAAGGAGGUGACGUAUGUUGUUGCCAAAAAACAUUCUAUGCAGAAGCGAGCGAUAAGGCCAGCAGGUGUGAAGGGUCACUACAAGGUCGUGGACCCUAGAAUGAAAAAAGAUUUGAGAGCCGCUAAAGCCAAAUCAAAGACAAAGGGUCGUGGGAAGAAUAACAAAGGCGGUGGCAAACCACCAAGGGGGAAACCGAAAGCAGCUAAAGGCAAGAAGGCUAAAUAAUUGGAAUUUAAGUUCGGUCGUAUAAGUUUUUCACAUCAUACUUUGUAAUUAAUUGUUAAAUAUUCAAUAUAAAGAAACUAUGAUGAAAUAAGAAUACGAAAAUAGUUUUGUAAAACAUCAACUAACGUGUAAAUGUAAAAAAAAAUGUUGUGAGUGUUACUCGUCAGUGACGGAUGUUACUCGUGAAUGUAAGUUCGGAUGAAUAUCAAUAAAGUCAUGAACUGUUAAAAACAA